AUGGAGUCUGAAGGUGUAGCAGGGGAUCCAGCAGUAACGCAACCAGCGACCCCUCUGGCGGCCAGCGAUAUCGCACUUAUGUAUGAGGCGAUGGGUGUCGAUCGAGUUGUCACAGUGGAUUUGCACGAGGGCAGUUUGGAAGGGAUGUUGUUUAUAAUGUGA